AUGAUGUCAAGGAGAGAGGGUGGUAUUGAUGCUUGUUUCCUUUCCAGGUUGAGCUGUGACGUCUUCGACAGCGUAACCUGGGAGUCUCCCAGCGCGCCUCCCUACGACUAUGUAGACCAUCUCCCUGCGACUGGUCCUGGAUUCAGACAAAGCACAUCAGACUCCAAUGAAGAUCCCCACCAACCCAAGUGGGAGGGCUACCUUAUUCCCUCUGUCCGCGACCCAGUGAAGGAGCUGGCUGACACCAAGGAUGCUUAUGUUUCCUACCUGGUUUCCGCAAAGACAAAUCUACCAAUAUUCUCCACCCCUAAUCCGUCUGCCCGACGGCGCUUUCAAGACUUUGUUUUCCUCAGGAGCCAUCUCGUCCGCGACUUCCCAGCCUGCGUUGUCCCAGCCCUCCCGGACAAACAUCGUCUAGAGUAUAUCACUGGCGAUAGGUUCAGCCCAGAGUUCAUGGAACGGCGUCGUCUAGAUCUGCACCGUUUCCUCGAACGCCUGGCCCGUCACCCGACACUUCAAAGAAGCACUCUGCUUCGUGCAUUCUUUGAGUCAACUGAAUGGCAUGUGCACAUGCACCAACAUGUUGCCCACCCGCCUAUGAAUGAACAGUCUCAGGGUAUCAUCGACAAUAUCUCGGACACGCUGCUCAAUGCCUUCUCUCGGGUCCGGAAACCAGACGAACGGUUCCUAGCUAUGAGGGAAAACGUCGACAAGUUUGAGGAGGGAUUAGUGCUCACGGAGCGUCUGUUUACUCGAGUGAGAAGUCGGACAAGUGACGGCAAUCCUGAAUCUGGUGAAGAUCUUACUGCCGACUACCACGACCUCGCUGUUGCUGUUCAAGGCCUUGGAUUCCUGGAGUCUGGCAUUACGGAUCCUUUGAAUCAUUUCUCGAAUACGCUGCUCGAGUUUUCUGCAUUGCUAAGGCAUACGACUCAGACAACUACAGAUCCUCUUCUUGUUCACCUUCAUUCGCUGCUGACGUAUUCUCACGCAAAUCGAGCCGUGUUGAAGCUGCGAGACCAGAAACAAUUGGAUUUCGAAGAGCUUUCAGACUAUCUAUCUGGUGUCACUUCGGAACGGGACAGGUUGGCCGCAGUCAUCAGCGGCCAUGCAGGUAGCACAGGUUUAGGUAUUGGAGCGUACCUGAAAGAUCGCGUCGAUGCUAUCAGGGGUGCCGAUGACGAUCGCAGUCGGGUUGAGAAGAUGAGGAAACUGGACAUCAAGAUCAAGGAGCUCCAAGAUGCAGUGACCACAGCGCAUGAAACCUCUGAUGCUUUCAGUGAUGAGACGCUCCGAGAGCAAACUAUCUUCCAGCACGCCAAAGAAGCGGAGAUGAAGGAGAUGUUGGGCAACCUAGCUGACGGACAAAUCGAAUUCUACAAAGCUGUGAGUCGCUACACUAUUGUCUGCUGCACCUAUUGA